AAACAAAAUCAUCAUCUAGCCGUUCAAUUGUAGCAAAUGAUGUUAUACAAAUUAGAUCACCAGGAGCUUUAGCUUUGAAAACCUCGCAAGAGUUAACAGACAAUAAAUAUGCAGAAUCUGCACGACUGUUAAAAAACAAUGGCAUUCAGCUUCCAUCUCUUAAUGCACUAAGAAAUGAACGCAAAGAAUUCAUCAAUGAAGAUUUUACAACAACAUCUGUAUCAGCUUUGGAAAAAAGCGAUUCCUCAAAAGCUGUUAAGGGAUAUAUACAAAAAAAAGUUCCCAUUGUACAUGUGCAUGAUUUACACUCAUUUACAAUGGAAUUAUUGCAAGAAUACAAUGACAAUGAUAUGUUUUCAAAGGCUUUGAAUGGGAACAUUCAAAUAGUAUGCAUGGCAGUCUGUAAUCUAGACAAACCAAAUGCUAAGGACAAUACUAUUGUCAUUGCUGUUACACCUGCCAAGGAUUAUUAUCAAAAUACGAAAUCUGUUAUCGACAUCCAUGCUAAAAGCAUCUGA